AUGAGCAGAUAAAAUGUUCAAACAUCAAAGACCAAAAACCCGAAAUGAAUCGAGAGGAAAGAGCUGCCAAUCGACAAGAAAUGUACGGUAUGAGAGAUUGAUAAAUAUAGCCGUGGCCCACCACAGAACGACGACGACAUGUUAUGACAUGCAAAAUCCGGCAAGAAAGUCGCAAGAUACAGAGCCACAGCCAAAGCUUUGCUCAACGCCAACAGAGGCAGCGGACAGCGACAGCGACAGAGACGCCAAAAGCUUUGCUUCGCUUCGCUGCUGCUGCGAGACGGCCAGGCCUGCCAAGUCGAACUUCAUUUCAAUUCUAAAAGCCGUUAAGAUCGGUUCUGUUUUGCGGUACGCGAGGAAGACGAAUAGGAGGCAGAAGAUUCCAAAAACGAGAUCGUGACUGAGAGAUAAGGAGAAGCAAACAGCCAAACGGUUUCCCCAAACAGCAGCUGCUGCCGAAUGUCAGCUGAGUGUUUCGCGAGCCUCACUUCAUCGUAAAUUAUGCAUUCAAAAAUAUCAUAAAAGAUAUAUUUAAUUAAAGAUCAGACCCCCACACACACCGCAACGCACCGCACUGCGAGAGACAGACUGACAAUCAGAGCAAGACUCUGCUUAAAAAUACCUGAGAUUGUGAUACUAAUUACUAAUUAAAUAUUGUGUGUGUGCACGGUUGUGUGAUAAAUUGUUGUAAUAAUAAAGAAAAUUAUAACCAGACAAGAGAGCAUAAAUACAAUACAAAAAAACAACACAAAUUAAUACCAAGAAUGCAGGAUUAUUGGCACAUUCCACGCGCCUCGCUGGCCUCCUCCAGCAGCUCGGCCAUCAGUUCGGCCAGCUCCUCAAAGUCGUCAAACAAAUCGAAUUCCAAUCCCCCCACACUGGCGCAGCGCAGCCACCAACAGCAGCAGCAGCAGAACAGCAGCAGCAACAACAGCAGCGGGAACACUACAAGUGCGACAAGUGCUGCCGUGACCGCCGCGGCGGCGGCAGCAGUGCUGGCAGCAGCCAAACGGGGAUCGCGCAGCUCUCAGGGCUCCAGUGACAGCAACAACAGCACGCGGAGCGCUGCUUCCGGCUCACUGCUGCUGACGGCAGCGAAUCUGGAGCGCUUCGCGGAGAUCCACAAGAAGCAGGAGCGCCACAACAAGAUGCUGAUGAAUAGCACAUCGCCCUCCUCCUCAUCGGCCAACUACAAUGCGAAUCUGGCUUUGGCCAGCAACGGCACCAAUCCUGGCAAGGAUGCGGUGAUUGCCAUCGAUGGCCAUGAUGGAGCAGAGGCAGAUCCAAAUUUGCACUAUAUCAAAACCAAAGACCUCGACACCGUGUCCAUUGCCAGCUCCAUGCACUUUACGAUGGUCAACGGCGACAACGGACCCCCAAAGAAGCCCAAGCGUGGACUCUGCGAUCGCGGACGACAGGUCACAGUGCUGAUUGUCAGCAUGAGCACCAUCUUUAUGCUGCUCAUCAUGGGCAUGGUCUAUGCGCUAGAGAUGCGUGCCCGAGAUAUGCCCAAGAGCUAAUGGCGGGAUCUAUCUAUCUAAUCGAGUAUCCCCAUCUUCUCCACUGGCUAGUAAAUUAGUUUAUUAUUUAUUGUAUUGUAUUCUGCUACGUUUUGAGCCAAGCCCCAAUUAUUAUUGUUAUUGUGUCGUCUUUGAGCUAGUUGUGUAAGCUAUUUAUUAAACAAUUGUUUGGAGUGUCAGUUGAAGCUCGGAAAAUCGUAUCAGAAAAUGUUUCACCCGCACACACACACGAUGCUAGUAUUAAGACAGAGAAAUAUGCACACAAAUGGAAGCAUGAAUGUAUUUUCUGGUUACCAAUUAAGUUAUUUAUCCCUGUGAUAUGUUUAAUAAAGUGAAUUU